AUGGAACGAGAUAAGAAACGGGUGGUGGCGAUUGGGAAAGAGAAAAUUGACGUGGUGGAUUUAUUGGGCCGGCCUUAUGGGGCUUGGCUGCAGUUGGUUAGUGGUGGGAUUGAGGUGGUGGAGCGGCCGACUGGACUGGGGGAAGUUUCUAAAGUGGAGUGGCGGCGGAUGUUGAAGCAACGAGUGUUCUGGAUUGAAAGACCUUCUUUGGUAGGACUGGCGGCUAUGUAUGGCGUUAAAGGAACUAGAUUAGUCUCACAUGAAGCUUUAGCUCAAAUCUUAUUAGCUAGUGUUGGUGCGAGUCAAGUAGCUGUUUGGGACGAUCAUCAUGCUUUGGUUUUGGCGGCGGUGGCCCAGGGGCGCGGGGGUGUGUCGGGUCUUUUUCGAAUUGCUCCGUCUAGUCUGGCACAGACACCGGUUCAUACGCUUAGUGCUUUGGGAUACCCGGCUGUACUGCCGGCCUACUCGGUCCAGAGCUUUACAUCUAGUGGUCGAGGCCUAAUAGUUCUAGCCCCGCGUGAUGCUCUUGAUUACUCCGUUGUACUGGAGUUUCUGACCUCUUCAUUGGCCUACCAGACUGACUUCCUUUUCUAUCAUAGCUGUAAAGAAGCUCUUUUGCCGCUCUUUAAUGGACUGAUGCAAGAAAGUCGGGCUGGUCUUCUGGAGUUACGGGAGGUUUUCAGUCGGGCGUAUCAAACUAGAACAGGUGCCAUUCACCCAGCUAUGACUAAAGAGGAUCAUUCUGGUUUCAUUCUGAGUGGUACAUUCCUUAACACAGGAUUCUUCCAAAUAUAA